GCGUUAGUUUAUCCACUUCGCCUAGGAGACAGCAAGGAAAACAUUGGCGGGUCAUCUUCUUUUGAUUGUUGGCCACACGCAAAGUAGGAGCCAGAGAAGCAGUGCAGAACUAAGAGAAGCCAUCUAAAUCUCUUCUUGCAAAGAAAAAACAGACUCUAUUUUCUGCCUGGAGCUAGCUAGUUGUAGAUAUUUGUGGGCGUUACCUCAAGCUAAGGAAAGAUGAAAUUGAACUACAGUGGUUGUCUAUUGCUUGUGAUGCUGGUUAGCAUCGGUGCAGUCUACGCUCAGUCCGGAAAUAGCACUGCAUCUGCAUCUGGGAGUGGCAGUGGCAGUGGAGAUGAUGAUAACUGCGAGAGCUUACAAUGCAGCCAUGGUUGCAAUGAAACCUCCGUGGGCCCUAUGUGCUACUGCCCAGGGGGUUAUGAGUUGGGUGAUAAUGAACAGACAUGCCAAGAGUGUCGUGGUGGUUACUGGGGGGUCGGUUGCAGUAUGAUGUGUGAGUGUUCGUCAGGGGGCGCUGGUAAUCCGUGCAACAAUGUCAACGGAGCCUGCAUCUGCAACAGUUGUUGGACUGGCACGAGCUGUGAAACUAGUGUGGGAAGCGGUUGUUUUCUGGAAUUUUUACAGUUAGCAAAUAAGAGUGGAGAAAUUCUUCAAAAACGGUAUGGAGGAGCCUAUUUCCCUACACCACACGUGGACACCAUACAGGGUCUUAUUGUUGAUGACUUAUUGGAGCUCAACACAGCAGCCAUUGUUGCUAACCCUGAGCUCACAAUAGUCUCAAGAAGCGAUGUAGGACAGGGAGAUCUGGCCAAGCUGAAAUUCACGGUUGACUACACAGUGGAUCGUCCAGCGGCAGAGGCAGGCCUGGCUCGUCUCGCAGACAAGGUCAAGCUGGGAGGUCUCCGGGUGACACUCAUUCAGCAAUUAUUCACUAACACGGCUGAAGUAACUAUCAAUGCUGGCACUAACAACUAACUAGCCAACAGCUUCUCUAUUUUAUAGCUGUAUUUUAUGAUUGUGAGGUCACCUCGGCACGAACUAUGUAACUAGUAUGUAACACAUUAUUUCUAGACAUUAUAACACUUUUUAUAUGUUUUUUAAAGACCAUUGUCCCUCGAUAUGUUUCAUAGUUUUUUGCAUUACAGCAUUAUAAUUGAUGUAUUGCGAUGUUGUCAUGGUGAUAAUUAAAUUAUUAAACAUUA